AUGGAAGCCUCUAUUAGAGGGAUAGGAACAGUGCUUCUAGUGGAUUGGGGAGUUUCUCUGGACAAGGCCACGCUCGGCACUGCAGCAAUCUUCAACAUCAUCGAUGAGACACACCUAGUCGGCAACCAGUUCUCGUGGUUGAGCUCGCUCUUCUACGUCGGCUGGAUCUUGUGGGAAUACCCAGCAAAUUUGCUGCUGCAGCGCUUCCCGGUGGCGAAGACGCUCGCCGUGACGGUCGUUGCCUGGGGCAUGGUGCUCAUGUGCCACGCGGCUGGCCACAAUUUUGGAUCGCUCGCCGCCGUCAGGACCUUUCUCGGUGCCCUCGAGGCAGGAUGCAAUCCAGCCUGCAUGAUCAUCUUUGGCAUGUUCUACACGCGCGAAGAGCAACCCCUUCGUAUGGGCAUCUGGAUCGGCUUUGGCGGCUUAGCCAACAUCAUCAGUGGAAUCCUCGGCUACCCCAUAGGCCACAUCACCGGUCAAAUCAGCACGUGGAAGAUUAUGUACCUGAUCUACGGCGUCUUCACCAUCCUCUGGGGCGCGGUUCUGUGGUUAUGCCUGCCCGACUCGCCUAUGCGGGCUCGGUUCCUUAGCUCGGAUGAGAAGAAUGAGGUUAUUUUCCGCAUCACGGCCAACAGCACGGGGGUGGAGAACAAACAUUGGAAGAAGAAACAGUUUGUCGAAGCGAUGAAGGAUGUCAAGUCCUGGCUCUUCUUUCUCUUAUCUCUCGUGAUCAACGCACCCACCGGGGUCUUCAUGAAUUUCCAAGGGCUUAUUAUCAAGUCUCUCGGCUUCAGCGGCCUUCAGACGACGCUCAUGACUAUGCCGUCUGGCGCUUUCUGGAUGAUUGGCUGUCUUGGAUCAAGCUACUUUGCGACUCGCUUCAAGAAUCUCCGUAUCGCCAUGAGCCUCUUAUUCAUCCUGCCUUUCUUCGCCGGCAUAGUCGGGCUCAAGGUGCUCGACGACACCCGGCCCUGGGGCAGACUCGUGUCCCUGUGGCUUUGCUUCUUCUUCGCCUCUCCGUACGGCAUCGGCAUGGCCCUUGUCAAUGCCAACACAGCCGGCCACACGAAGCGCAUCACCACCAACGCCAUGUUCAUCAUCGGGGCCGGCAUCGGGUCCUUCAUCGGUCCCUUCUUCUUCGACAGCAGGCAGGCUCCAUACUACCCAAUGGGCUUCGACUUCAUGUUUGCGACCUUCGCCGUCGAGGUGGUCGUCCUCGUCGCGCUCUUCUACGUCCUGUGGAGCCGCAACAGGGCCAGGCGCGCCGAAAGGGGCGGAGACGGUCAGGUGGACGCGCAGAGGGGUUUCCGUGAUGAGACUGAUAUGGAGAACAAGGACUUUUUGGUACGUCGACUCGUCGAAUCGCAGUUUGUGGUGUAG